CCUGCACGCCAGACGCCGCCAUGAUCAUCCCAGUGCGUUGCUUCACCUGCGGGAAAAUCGUCGGCAACAAAUGGGAAGCCUACCUGGGUCUACUGCAGGCCGAGUACACUGAGGGGGAUGCCCUGGACGCUCUGGGCCUAAAGCGAUACUGCUGCCGCCGCAUGCUGCUAGCACACGUGGACCUGAUUGAAAAACUGCUGAACUAUGCACCCUUAGAGAAGUGACUGCUGAGGCCUGCCCUCCUCUGCUAGCCAAGGGCAGUCUGCCAUGCUGUGUUCAACUGAGCUGUUGGGGAUGUUGGUGUCUUGCCUGGCUGUGGCCCUGUGGCUAAGUCCUGUCACCCUGGAAGGAACUGUUUAGUAAAGGCCUUUGUAGAACCACCAACAGUCUAACUUUGCAAGGGUCUCCAUAUCCAUGUCUAUGCUAAGGCUACCUGGCCUGCCUCCAGUCUUUGCCCCAGGGCUAGCCUCCUUCCCCUCAUCUGACUUGGGUGUCUAGUCCUGUGGGGAGCCCUUUGGCUUCUGUUUCCCUGGGCCUUGACCAGCUGGAUCAACUAGGUACCUCUACAGUACAGUCUUGUACCACAUUGAUCUAGAGCCUCUCCUCUUCUGCCCAUGUUCAGGGUAGGCAUAGUGGAUGUGGCCACCACGCCAUCCACAAGGCUGGGCCCAAGCCUGGGGAAGACAUUCCUUUGGAAUGCUGAGAACACUUGGAGGCCCACCAAAUGUCCUAUCCCCGUGCUAGAAGUAUUCUAUGUGUUUGGGUGUUCUGUCUGCUUGUAAGUCUUUGUAUCACUUGUGUCCCCAGAGGCCAGAUCCCCUGAGUAAAGUUAUCGACCGUAUAA